AUGGACAUGCUAUCGUCAAGGUCGUUCCUGGAACUGUCACAAGAAGAAGCAGAAAUAUCAAUAAACACCUUUUCCAGAGAACUGAGCCAUCUAAGAACAAAGGGAGCCCAAUCACCGGAGAUCCCCGACCAACUGACCGACAGCAAGUCGGCCCCGGCUCGUCCCGUGCGGAAAAGAGGCCGGCCGAAAUUAGAGGCUAAAGAUGCUACUGCUAUCGAGGAACGUCGUCUGCAGAUCCGACGGGCACAACGCACCUAUCGUCUCAAAAAGGAGAAUACCAUCCAGACUCUUAGGUCUCGUGUCAAUCUACUAGAGCAGACACUAGAGAAUGUAUCAGAUCUCCUAGACGGAGCCCACCGCGAGGCAAUCAACCACCUCAACAACGAUCCGACUCUUCUGCCAAGCGUGGACUAUCUCGCUCGCACACGAGAGCUCAUUCUAGCAGAAAUAAACAAGGCCCGGUUCACCGAGAACGACGAUGAUCUCCAACUCCAGACCAACCAUCCAUCGACGGACAAGCCCACCUUCGGCUACAAAGUGUCACACACGCGUCCCCAGAAGGACUCCAACAUCCCCUCUUCAUACCCACAAUACAACCGACCCCGCUCCCCAUCCCCACUAAUAAACCGCAUCCUCCCAACAACAACGAUCUACACCUACAGCCACCAAGAAUCCAACCUCUCCCGCCGCCUACACAGAUUCAGCCUCGAGCAUACCUACCGCUGGCUAACAGACCCCCGCACCGAUCCCGCCCUCCUAAGCCGCGUCUUCGGACUAGUCCCCUGUAUCCACGACAUGGCAGGCAUAAGACGUAGUUUCCGGCGCACGCUGCAGUCCGAGAUCGGGAGCGGGCUUGAAUUCGUUAAGAUGCCUUUCUACACGCUCGGCGGUGCGGGUAAGCACUUCCCGCGCGUGGACGGCGACGGAAACCCCGUGUACCCGGAGAACAUUCGGAGACCUGGGAAGAUUCUACGACGGAUGGUGAGGAUUUUGCAGCGGGGUGGGAUCCAGGAUUGGGAUGAGGAUUGGAGUGGAGAGCAGGAGCCUGCUGUUGCGUUGGAGGGAGGGGUGGAUGAGCAGGUGCAGAUGAGUGAGGAGGAGAGGAUUCGUUCGCUGGAUCUUGAUGGGGAGUGGUUUGAUUGCCAUGAUGUCCAGGGGUAUCUGGAGUAUCGGGGUCUUGUGCUUGAUGGGUCGGGGUUGAGGCUCGGCGUUCCGGAGAGUUUGGUUGGGGCUUUGUAUGGCUUUUCGCCGGAUCGGCCGACUGUUUCCAGUCUUUAUCCUUCUCCUGAUGGGUCUCCUCCUAUCGAUAAGAUGGAGUCGGAAUCCUCGACCUCGUCGUAUACUCUGGAUGUUGAGUGUUUCUUCGAUCGUGAGUUAGCCCUCGAUAACGUUUGCUCGUUGUAUCCUUGUCAAUAUCACUGA